ACAGUUUUCGUCUGUAGAUAUAGCGGGAGAAUCGCAGGCUAUUCUGAGAAUCCACAGCGGGGGAAAGAAAAGCUCUCUCCAUGGAUUUCUCUCUCAUUAAGGGAGCCCUGGAAUCCAAAUCUUACGGAAAGAUCGCCGAUAUCUGCGACGAGCUUAUGCUUCAGGUUGCAGCACAGGGCAUUGCAUUUCAGGACGAAUGGCCUUAUGCGAUUCAUCUAUUGGGGCACCUUUACAUAAACGACGUUAACAGUGCUCGGUUUCUAUGGAAAACAAUAACUUCGGCCAUUAAAGAGAGCAAGGCAGAGGUGGUUGCAGCUUGGACAAUAGGUCAGCGGCUUUGGAUGCGGGACUAUGCUGGGGUGUACGAAGCUAUUCGUGGGUUUGAGUGGAGUCCCGAAGCUCAAGGUCUUGUUACUGCAUUCUCAGAUCUCUAUACCAAGAGGAUGUUUGAGCUACUGCUGUCUGCGUAUUCGACAAUAAGUGUUGGAGAUACAGCACUCUUUCUGGGAAUGAAUGAGGAAGAUGCCACCAACUAUGCACUGCAACAUGGAUGGAUUGUCGAUUCCAGUUCUCGAAUGCUGACUGUGAAGAGACAGUUGAUUGUGACAGAACAAAAAUUAGAUCCCAGUAAAUUGCAGCGUUUAACAGAAUAUGUGUUCCAUCUUGAGCAUUGAUCGGAAUUUUUGUUGUCAGUUGAUGGAUAAUCUGGUUAUUCCAUUUUCCUUUACUUAUUUUUGAUUAUCAGUUAGAUAGAAAACAUAACUAUAGCUUGUAAAGCUUGAAUUUAAGCCAGAAAGUUGACACUGUCCAUACAAAAGUGUUUUUUUUAAUAUCUGACA